GCUUUCUGCAAGGUCUGCCAACCGCAAAGGUGGCCUUCUGUGUCGAUGCCCUGUCAAGAUGUCUCCCCGCAAGCUCUCGCCGUAACGUACUCGCUUAGCAUGUAGGUCCCGUCGCUGCGGCGAGGAGCGAGGGAAACUAAACAACAGCAAAAGAAAGCGAAGAGCCGGAAUCGCCGCAAAGCCUCGCCGUCUCCCCCCUACCUCCGUUCCUCUGAUCUCCGCCGGCUCGGCUGAACACCACUACGCUUUGGAAGACGAUUUUUUGGGGGAGCUCAGUCAUGAGCUGAUCAUCGUGGCGAGGGCGAGCGUUCGUUGGCGGCGCACGUCAUCGCAGUGUUCAAGGGGGCCUGUGUUUCGUGGAGGGCGGGCAUGGAUGGGGACUGGCCAGCCUCCCACGCCAGCUGUCACCACUUCCAGACAGCCAGACACGCCAGCUGAGUGACGGUGCAGCCCGUAGUGUGCCACCAGCAUGGGCAACCUCAACUGCCUCACGUCGCCAGAUGCCCGGGUGUCACACGAUGGCACCUCGCGGCACGGCGACGACGGCCUGGACAAGACCGGCGUCGACAGCACAGCGAUGCACCAGGUCUCGGGCAGCACUGCCGACAACAACGGCGGCUUGCGGCCGCACGACGGCCGCUACACCAAGGCACCGGUGGGGGCCGUGGCGGUGUUGCCGACAAACGGGCCCCACCUGCACCACGAGGGGCUGCCCCCGAGGGUGCCCAACAUCGCCGGCUCAGCUCAGGGCAAGGUGGUAGUGGCCCUUUACACCUACAAUGCGAGGGAUGAUGGUGAUCUCAGCUUUAGGAAGGGAGACCGGCUUCAGAUUCUCAACGACAGUGAUCCGGACUGGUGGCAUGCCAAACAGCUCAACGGCCCACAGACUGGCUACAUUCCACAGAACUACGUGGCAUUUGAGAAGACCGUAGAGAGUGAAGACUGGUUCUUCGGCAAGGUAUCGCGGAAGGACGCCGAGAAGAUGCUCAUGCUCGCCUCCAAUCCGAGGGGCACGUUCCUCAUUCGAAACAGCGAGCAGACAACAGGGGCGUUCUCGCUGUCGAUCCGCGACUUCGAGCCAACCAAGGGGGACCACGUGAAGCACUACAAGGUGAAGACCAUGGACAAUGGUGGCUUCUUUGUCACCACCAAGAAGACCUUCUCCACCCUCCAAGAGCUCAUCUCCUACUACAUGGAAGGUGCAAAUGGCUUGUGCCACAAGCUCACAAUCGCGUGCCCCAAGCCCAAGCCCGUGGUCUGGGACCUGUCGCCAGAGACACGCGACGAGUGGGAGAUCCCACGCAGCUCGGUGCAGCUCAUCCGAAAGUUGGGAAGUGGCAACUUUGGCGAGGUCUGGUACGGUUUAUGGAAGGGCAGCACGGAGGUGGCGAUCAAGACUCUAAAGCCGGGCACGAUGGACCCGGCGGCGUUCCUCCAGGAGGCGGCCAUCAUGAAGAAGUUCCGCCACGAGAAGCUGGUCUCUCUGUAUGCCGUCUGCUCCAAGGAGGAGCCCAUCUACAUCGUCACCGAGUACAUGGCCCACGGCUCGCUGCUCGAGCACCUGCGCGGACGCGAUGGCCGCGGGCUCAAGCUGCCCGCACUCAUAGACAUGGCCGCACAGAUUGCCAGCGGCAUGGCUUACCUGGAGAGCAAACAGUUGAUCCACCGUGACCUGGCUGCACGUAACAUUCUCGUCGGUGAGAACAACGUGGUCAAGGUCGCGGACUUUGGACUGGCCAGAAUCAUCGAAGACUCCGAGUACACCGCAAGGCAAGGUGCCAAGUUCCCCAUCAAGUGGACGGCCCCCGAGGCAGCCCUGUACGGCAAGUUUUCCAUAAAGUCCGACGUGUGGUCCUACGGCAUCUUGCUUUACGAACUCAUCACCCAUGGGCAGAUCCCUUACCCGGCAAUGCCCAACCGGCAGGUGAUAGAGUACGUGGACCGGGGUUACCGGAUGCCCAAGCCGACCAACUCUGAAUGUCCGGACUCUGUCUACAACAUCAUGCUCAACUGCUGGGAGGCCGACCCCGAGAAGCGGCCCACGUUCGAGUACCUUUUCGGCUUCUUCGACGAUUACUUCGUCUCCACUGAGCCCAGCUACAGGGACGCCGAGGACUUCUGAAUUGGUAGUGAGUGUCAGGUGCAGUUGUGCGGGAGACAUCUGUAAUGUGCGUUUCGGAGGUCGGUGCACCAACAGUUGCCCGGAGGUCAUGAGACAGCAGGAACGUGAGUCGCACCAGUGGUGCACGGACUUCCAUCGGCUCAAUCCUAGAGCGAAACAGCCAGAAGACAACAGAAGCAGUCUAGUUGUGUAUUUUCUAGGGCUUUCGCGUGCUUUAUGGUUUGCACAAACUCAUCAUACAUCAACCAGAUGAAGUUCAAUGCAUGCACUGUGUUUACAUUAAUGCAGCCUUGGAUUUCAUUGGCUCAGUCCUAAACGAAAGUCGGGACACAUCAGCAAGUCUCAUCUUGUAUAAUCAAUGGCCUUUGUGUAGACUUUGCGAACUCUGUAGGUUGCCUUGAUUUGUGUGAAGGCCUCGUACAUCAACUGAAUGGAAGUGAGUAAUUGCAUUGGUCUUAUAUUGGUAUGACUUUGGCUUCCAUCAACUCAAUCAGAGUGAGACGGCCAGAAGGCAUUAGAAACACUCUUGUAUAUUGUCAAGGGCUUUUGGCGUGGACAUUGCAAAUGUGUAGAUUGCCUCGGUUUGCGUGAAGACCUGAUACAUCAACCGGAUGGAGGUGAAUGAGUGCAUUGUUUUCAUAUUGUUAUAACCUAGGCUUCUGUUGGCUCAGCUCUAAGAUGUAACAACCAGGAGACACUAUAAGCAGUCUUGUAAUGGUGAUCCCAAAGGCCCUUGUGUAUACUUCACACACUUUGGUUUGAGCUUCACACAUCAUCCAGAUGGUGUUGAAGCUAAUGCGAAAAAAUAAAAUGUCUUAUUCGAAAGAAUCAGACGGGCACAUGAAGUACGCUGUGUACGAACAUUCGCGAGCUUAAGUGUACAGAGUGGGAAUGCCAUGGAAAAUCUGAAUUUCUCACAGGAACCUCGCGCUGUGAGUAAUCAAUGCAUGAUGCAUGCUCACCUGAAUACCCUUCAUCUAUGUAAAUUGUUGAGUAACGGUCAGUCUUGUGCUGUUACUGUAAAUGUUGCGCUUUCCUGCAAUACUGAACUAGGGGUAUGCUAAUAGUGGAAUCUUCUAAUCGAAUACCAAUAUCCGAGAAAAAGAAGGGGGCUUCGAAUGUCGAAUUGAAUAUAGAAUAUUUUAUGAUUUCUAAACAAAGUAAGAUAUAAAAACUCCCAUGCAGUCUGUUUGGCAACAAAAGGCUUAUUUACAUUUUGAACAUUUAAUGCCGUCAUCAAAUGGAUUGUAGCUCAUUUGAAUACCUUGUAAAUGAGAACAAAGCAAAUGUGACUAUCUGGCACACUGAAACAAUGACAGUAAUUCAGCAAACAAAAAGCAUGUUGUCAGAUGCACAUAGAACUGUAGCAUUAAGCGCAUUGCCACACAAUGCUAUGCAUUGUUUUGUAGCGUGAGCUACACUGGCUGACGUUGAGCAGUUUUGUGCGGCUCCUGGAAAGCCGCGCUGCGCAUGCGCGAGGAGCAGUAACGUCACACGGCGCACAGCCACCGCCGCGCGCCUCGCCGGUCUGCGCAUUCCGGGGGAGUGACAUCAUAGCCGCGGCAGACGCACUGGCGCUGGCGUGUGCCAAGCUGUGUGCCUCUGUUGCGCAGUAGCCGCGGCAGACGCUGCGCUGGAGCUGCUUGAUAGCACCUCUCAUUUUAUGCGCUUGCGCAGAGGUAUCAGUGGGGGUAUACAUGUAGCGGGUCGUUUGCCAGUGUGGUAUAGUCAGAGAGGAGGAGAGCAAAAUUGCUGCUCAGCGGCACAGAAGAGUGGAGAAGCUUAACUCAUCGGAUCCUGAAGUAGUCGCCUGGCAAUUAGCGGUUGAGCGUAGGAAGAACGAACAGAAGGCUAAAUGUGCUGCGGAGACACCUGAGCAAAGGGAGGAACGUCUAGUAAAGCGGCGUCGCCAGGAGGCCGAGCGACGUGCCCGACCAUGAACCUUGGCUCACGCUACAUAUAUCCUGGCAUAGCCGAGCUAAGCCACUGCAAAUUUUUUUAAGAGAUCCAAGCGUGGUGACAUUGCCCAAAUAAUAACUAGAUUUGCCUAAAUUGGAAGAUAGAGUUGGAGGCAGAAUUCGUAGUCUGCCUAAGGUGAGACAGUCAUGUUAUAACUACUGGAAACCGUUGUACAUGAAUGAUUUCCUCCGUGCGUUCAUAUCACAAACCUGUGCGUCUGCCCAGCAACCACGGUUCUCCUGUAGCAAAAUCAUUCGGAGGACUCUCCGCUUGACUAGUCUUGCCUACUCUUUCUGCGCCUUAGUAUUCAAAUGAAAUGAAUAUUCGACAACUUGAAUAGUUAACUCUUGCAUCGAAUAACGAGAACUGUCUGAUUCGUAUUAGAAAUAUUGAAUAUUCGCACCCAACUAGUAAAAAGUAAACUUCGCUCCUAGUAUUAGGCUGACGUAACCCCUGCAGAUUGUGCUGUUGGGAUUGACAGAAGGUGGGCACUCAGUCAGCAAGCUGACUAAUGGGGUGAGUUGUACAUUGGAAAGGCAGUGCUAACAAACAUGACCACAAGUAAAGCAAAGCAAAAGAUAGAUAGCACUGCGUCUGUGCUUUGCCCUACUUUUUGUAGACCCGUCCAUUAGUGCUGCUUUUACAAAAUGUUAGAGUCCAUUCUCCUCCCGCUUGCAGCCUUGGUCCCUCUCUCAAAAAGGAAAGGACUGUGGAAGUAUGCCCUGGCCUAGGCUCGUGAAGUUUCUAUAGCUAGAUAACGCAGCUGGCUGCUGGAAUAAUACUGCACCUGAACAGCUAUCGUAUCACAGACUUGUUUAGAGUGAUAGGUUUAUUAGUGGACUUGCAACUCCGACAAGUCAUGCCGCACACUUUAACUGUUUACACCCUUUGGGGUCUAUCGUCGUCUGAAAACAACCAUCAUCAUCUGUCUUGCUUGCGUUUCCUUUCUUCAAAGCUCUGCGCUUGCUACUUGUCAAGAAUGCGAUGUCAUGUUGAUAAUGCACAUGCCAUUCGUGACCUAGAAUACUUAGCUCCUGGCAUUAAAGAAAGGAAAGGCAUUCAAGAUAGAUCAUGAUUAUUGUUUAUGGAACAACAAUGCACCCCAAAGGGUGUGAAUUGUUUUCAGAGUGCAGUCAAAGUUUUUUUCUCAUGUAAAGGCUUCGUUGUAAUGCACGUGAGACUUAUUGCUAACCUCGUAUUAUCGCUUUGCGGAGCAUUCUUGCAGAGGUCCUUUGCAUUGCUUUGCCUCAAGAGGGAUGCUUUCUUAUCAAUCCUCACUCGAAUGCUUCGCUCUGUACAUGAAGUCUUUGAAGCGCCCAAAGAAGUUCUUGAGGUCACCGUGAUAAGGUGUCUGCGCCUGUGCUGAUCCAGUCAUCAUUGCAUUAGGCAAACCUUCCCCUUUCACAUAUUUUCUUCAGCGGUGGCCGUUUGCUCUUCUUGCUGUGUCCGCUUGAGCACCCACAGGUUCGGUGAAAGGAUCUGUCUGACUCUUCUAGUACUAGUUUGUACUGCGUUACAAUUUUAAUUAACCAGAUUUUGUUGGAGGGUUAGAGGCACUGCCCACUUUCAUCUGAACUUGGUUCCUGUUCCAAGAAUUGCAAUACUUUUGUAGAUCUUUUUAUGUUCCCUUUUUCAAGACCUGCAGUGCUUUUUGUAGAUCUUUACUUGGAAGUUUGUAUAAUAGUGUGAAGGUUAUUUUUAUGACAUGGUUGUGCUGCGAAAAUUUGUCACUUUGUUCUCUCAUUCUUUGAAACAUUUACAUUGUGUUAUACUAUGUACAACCUCAUUUUUGCUAUGGAGUUUUGUGUCGCUGUUUCAUGCUGCGUUCCAAUAGGUUAAAGCAGAACUUCAGCAGCCUAUCUAUCAGCUUUAUGCAAAUAAGCCAGCUGCAUUCAGUUCACUGUCGAGUACUUAAUGUUGUGCUGUUUUAAUAAGCUUCAACAAAGCUUGCUACUUAUAGUGGACAUCUUAAUGCAGUACUUAAUUUUUGCUUUAUUAACCUACCCUUACAGUCCUAGAUCUUGCCACAUGUCACACGUCAAUAUGUUUGUCACAUGUGACAGGUGCUGCAGUAGUCAUGUGACAGCUGACAUGUCAUACAUGUCAGAUCCAUUGACAGUAGUCAUGUGAUAGACGUGUAUCUUGUCACAGAUUGGUGCCCACCUUCAUUUCAUUGGGCAGGCCUUGCAGUCCUAGACCUUGUCACAUGUGACAUUUAUGGCAAAUCUCAUGGCAUGUUACAGGUGUAUUGCGACAGUAGUAUGGUGUGCAACAGAUUGGUGCCUAAUCCAUUAAACACGCCUUGCAGCCCUAGAAUUUGCUUGAUGUCACAUGUCAAUGCGCGUGUCAGAUGUGAUGGUGGUCAUGCACCGGUCGAUGUGUCGUUUGGCUGACUGGGGCCCGAUGUUCACUUCAAUGAGCAGGCCUUGCAGUCCUAGACUUUUGCCACAUGAUGCAUGUCACAUGUGACAGUAGUCGUGACGAUAUGCACAUGACGUAUCGCAGGUCGGUGCCUCAUCACUUUGUUAGUUUUUUCGUAGUCCAGAACAACUUUGUGCAAAGAACAAAAGAAUAUCAGGCUAGUUGUUGAUGUGCUGGAAGGCUAAUCGCUACUAGAAGCCAUUGGUCAGGCUUCUCUGGUUUUAUAACAUAUCAAGAAUUGCUUUCAUGACCACAUGACAUACAAGAUGAGUGCUUCGCUGAUAGUACAAGAUAUGCACUGACCAGUGUUUCAUCAUGUAAGACUUAUCCUUGGUUUACCCACUGUCCCACUUCACUUUUAACAUCUGUGCCCAAACGCACCAUGUGAUGUCUGUCGGCACAUUGUAAAGCUUGCAGCAUGAAAGAUUGUACUUUAGCGUCUGAGUUUAACAUGAGCUGUAUUGCAUGUAUAAAAUAAUUCACUGCAUUUUGUGCAUAGACAAGCCUUUAGCUCACUCGGGUGCACACAGCAAUAAGUUGGGUUACUUGGAACUACUGUCAUAGAUAAAUGGCACAUGAACGGGACAGUUUCAAACGCUGACAAGACGGCAAGGUUAUGCUUGGUAAAGGUCAAUUAAUGGUGCCACUGGUUUUCACUUUCUAAUCAGCGGUGUACCUUGCAGCAAGUUUCGAAAAACCACGCGUUUCUUUUGUUUACCUCAACCAUGGUUGUUGGCUUUUACCGUUAACAUUUGAAAUGUCCCAUUCACACUUCACUUGUCAAUAGUAGUAGCACUUACAUGCGUAUCACUAGGCCAAGCCUGUGCAUAUCAAAAGCAUGGUUGACUAUUUCCUCUUUGCUCAGCUCAAACAAAAAUAAAAGGCAAUAGAACUUGAAAAUGUUACCUUAUUGCUCAAUUUACUGCAUGGUGGACAGAAAGCUUUAACAAGCCAAAUGCAGGUUGUGGUUGUACAGCAAUCAUUUUUUUCUUUCUCUGUGAACUAGGAUGCAGGACUUUUGUGACCUUGUCACAUAGGCGGGCACCCGAUUAAAAUGAAUCGAACAUUUCUGAGCUUAGUUGCAGUAAAGCGCGUCACAAUGGCGCAAUGCUCAUCGGGACAUUGAUCCUGGUUGUUUCCCACAUAUCAGACGUUACUUUAUACAUCUGCAACAGAAAACAGUAGUUUACCAAUUCUCUGUUGUAGCAAUAUUAGCAGCGGAGACAGUUCCUUUCUCAAGAAACCUACUUUAUCUAUCUGGUUCUAGGUAUAGGGUGGGCUGCACCUUACUGAUGUGAUCUGCACUAGCAACUGCAAGCAUGGAUUUGCAAGACAUGUGCUAUAUUGUGCAAGUAUCUUAACACAACCUAUAUUUUACUUCAGAUAUAUGCCUUUCUUAAGAUACUUGUAGGAUAAAUUUUGGUUCUUUUGCAUUUGUGCGAGCUAACUUACUGAGCCAAGGCAUAUCAGUCUCCGAUUUCACAAGAGAAUUUUGUUUUCUGAUUGAGCAAUUUGAUUGCGACUGAUUCGUGGUCAUGUGACGGAACAAACAGCAUGCUCAAACAUUACCAUGUAUCAACCCACUAUGUGCUUUGAGUUUGAUUGUGAUAGACUCAAGCAUGCUUAAAGGUGCCCAUGUCACUGUGGUAAUAACCAUGCCUGUUAUAAGCUCGUGAGAGUGCUAAAUUCAUGCACUGUGCUUCAUGGUGGGUGGCUAAUGGCGUUGUUCCAUGGAAAAUAAUAGUAACAUUGGUUUCUUGCAGCCCUGUGCAAAGUCUCUGGUGCGUAUAGCGACUACAAGGCAACAGCACUUGAUGAGAUUAGUAGUGUUUCAAUACCUGGACACAGUUACUGAUGCCACUGCUGUUUGUCUGUCAGCUAUUUCCCCCUUAAAUCCUCAUGACCAUAUCAUCUUCCCUCAGUGCUGAAAUUUCAGAUGACAUAGCGAGUUCUUACUGCCGAGGACUACCUAGGGUCCUCUAGAGUUGUACGGCAUUUAUGCUAUUCUUCUCCUGGUUCCAAAAUAAAUGUGGCCGUGUGAAAGGAGGGGGCCUGUGUGCAACCCUACUUUCACAGGCCAUUAUUUUUUUACAUCCCUGGCAACUUUACUGCCAUUUUUUUGUAUUGCACAGUAGCUUUAUUCGUUUAUGUGUUGUCGAAUCGAAGUAACAGCUCCUGCCCUGCCCAGCUUAGUUACUAUACCCCGCACAUUUAUGAGUAGAUAAUAGAACAUGUACAAGCUGUCUCAACGUAUUCUGUCAUCACUAUAGGUCUAUUGCCUUUUAUACAUAUAUACAUAAAUAUAUAUAUAUAUAUACAUAUAUAUUACGGAACUUUUGCUUGUACACAACUCUAGCCCUACAAACUUGAUGAAAGGUAUCCACUUGUAUUCUGUCCCCUGCUUUUUUUUUUUUACGUGAAGUUAUUGUUGGUGCUGUACUUUUCUCGUGUUAGACUGUGAUUCUUGCCUCGGUACUUGACGUUUUUGACAGUGCUGCUGCUCGGAUAUACUGAAUGCUAUGUAAAUGAAACUGCUCUUCCAACAAAAUUAUUGGCUUGUCCGUGCUCAGCUUUUGCGCCCAACAAAUGCCCAACUCGAUAUUUUUUCUAUUAUCCAGGCGGGCAUCUUUUUUUUCUAACAAGUUUGACAGCCUAUACUAAAACAGCGAUUUAUAAUUUACGACGCGCUAUGAACAUUCAAAAUCGAUUUUGCGAGCUGUACGUUACGACACAAGUUGCUGUUAAUUUGCUAAUUAGGCCCUAAACAAAGAACAUGCUGUUUUCGAUAUCAUAAAAAAGUUUUAUCAUGAAAAAAAAAAAAACAUUUCUGAAAUCGGCUGGUAAAAAUACAUUUACUGUAAUUUAAAGUGUCUCGUCCCCCCUUAAACUGCACCACAAAAUGCUACCUCCAUGUGAAUUUCGAGCACCAUCAAUCCAAUAGUUUGGUCAGAAGAGCUGUUUAUAUCUGUGUGGCUUAUUUAUGCAACAUCUGGUACUUCUUGCAAGCGUGUUGCCGGAGGACCGCGCGACCAUAACAGAUUUGCAGUCAUGUCUCUCUCAUGGCCAGUGCAUUAAACCCACGUUUUUUAACCUCAUUGUGAUGUCUGUAACCGAGACAUACGAUUUGCUCAUAGGAGUGAUCGAUUUUGGGCGAUAUAGUAAACUCUUGCACAGUAUUGUUUCACUGCUUCCACAAGCUAGCCAAGGCAUAUUACGAUACCCGGGACAUAGAUGUAGCACGGACUUUUUGGAUGUUCCGGUGCCGGGACUAUACAGAAGCAUUUGCAACGAAUGAGACUGCGACAUUGAAGUGCGUGGACUUUUGUUGGUGUGAUUUCAUUAUCGACGUAACAGUCCCGAGCAUGCUUGGACUGAAGCGUGUGUUGUCGACGUGAGCCAAAAAAGAGCACUUGUGUUUGUCUUGCAGGCUACCGAAUGUGUCAUAUUUAUAUUUAUCUUUUGCGAUCAAACCUUUUCACGUGUACAUAUGCUGAAAUUUCUUUAUUUGUGCUUGUCUUAGGUUCAAGGUCAACUGCAGCAACAUUUUCGGGCUGCAUACGAAGCCUAGAUGGUGUAAAUUUAGGGCAGCCUCCACGUGAAAUUUUUUGUGAUACCAAAACUGAAAAAUGAUGUUGCUAUUACCAAACGUCAGAAAUGACGCAGAGCCCAGUAUGUUGAGAACUAGCACAGUGCCCUUAUGCGACAUCCCAGAAAUCACGCUUAACCACCAGGUGUGAUUUAAAGAAUUAUUUUAAGAUGGACAACCAGCCCUGUAACUUAUCUCCGAGAUUGCUUUGAUAGUAUAACUAAUAACCAAUUUAGUCAGGGAAAUUUUGUUGAAGUUGGCCUUUGGUGUAAUCUUUGUGACUAAGCACGAGCUCACACUACUUAUGCAUAUAACCUGUGACGCCGGGUUACUUGCGACCAAUCUUCUUGGGUGUCGUUUCUUUUUCGUUUUUUCCUCAUGGUUGUUUUGGCGUGGAGCAGACAUGUGGCCCAAGUUGGAGCUUAUUUGUUUAUAUUUUUAUUUGUUUCAAUCUGGUGACGUCAUUCUCUUUCCCCUUGUCUGCCAAACAGUGUAGCCAUACUCCUAUUUGCAUUCAAUGGUAGCAACACCUGGUGUACAAUAAAGGAAAUGCUUCUUUUA